AUGCAAGUUGCUUUGAUACAACAAAAGUAUGAAAAAGCUUUGAAGGGUGAGGGUGAGUUGUUGGUCAUCAUGUCAGAAGCGGAGAAGACCGAGAUGGUGGACAAGGCAAGAAAUGUUAUUGUCUUGUGCCCUAGUGAUAAAGUUUUAAGGGAUGUAACAGAGGAACAUAUUGUGGCAUCAUUGUGGUCAAAGUUGGAGUCGUUGUAUGUGACAAAUUCUUUGGCUCAUACACAAUUCCUAAAACUACAUCUCUACUCGUUUAAGAUGGUGGAGUCAAAGGUUGUCUUGGAGCAACUAAUGGAGUUCAAACAAAUUCUUGAUGAUUUGGAGAACAUUGAGGGUACCAUGCUCUAUGGUAAAGAAGGCACUGCCACCUUGAAGGACGUCCAAGCGGAUUUGAGAACCAAGGAGUUAACUAAGUCCAAGGACUUGAUAGAUGAUGAAAAUAGUGAAGGUCUAAAUGAUGAAAGUGAGUUUAAUUAUGAUGAAGAUAGUGAUCAAGGACCACAUAAUAGGGGAGACAUUAAACCCGAAUGGUUUAGGUGCAAAAAUGGAACAAUGCAAUCGCCAAUUGAUUUGUUGAAUCAUAGGGUUCAAAUUGUGUCCAAUUUAGGAGGACUUCAGAUCAACUACACUCCCUCUAAUGCAACUCUUAAAAAUAGGGGUCAUGAUAUCAGGCUGGAAUUGAUUGCAAACUCAAGCUAUCUACAAAUUAAUGGAACUCAGUAUGUACUUAAACAGUUACAUUGGCAUUCUCCCUCUGAACACACCAUAGAUGGCAAAAGGUUGGAUCUAGAGUUACAUUUGGUACAUGAAACUCCAUCAGGAGAAACGGCAGUGAUUGGAAUAUUGUACAAAACAGGAUUACCAGAUCUUUUCUUGUCAUUGUUGAGAAAAGACUUAGAGGCAAUUUCUACUAGUACAGGAGAAGAAAGAGCAGUUGGUGUAAUUGAUCCUAGGGUGAUUCAAUUCAACAAAAUGCAUUAGGUUAGAAAAUAUUACUUGCGAUGAAAAUAUUACUUGGACAAUUGUUAGAGAGGUGAAAUUUGUUUCAAAGGAGCAGAUUGAAUUGCUUCAAGUUGCCGUUCAUAAUGACUCAGAUUCUAAUGCAAGACCAUUGCAACCAUUAAACAACCGUUUAGUGCAACUCAACAAACUAAAAGAAUAUCCA